AUGGUGGAAUACGAGGAGACAUACGAGGAGGAUUUUUACGAUGAGGCGGACGAGGGCAUCACCUCUGAGGAUUGCUGGACGGUGAUUUCGUCCUUCUUUGACUCGAAGGGUCUUGUCUCUCAGCAGUUGGAUUCAUUCGAUGAAUUCAUCUCUUCGACCAUGCAGGAGCUUGUGGAGGAGCAAGGCCAGGUGGUUCUCGACCAAACACUCCCCCCUCCGAAGACGAAGUCGAACCGAUCGUUGUGCGCCGGCGAUGGUGCGACCACGAUCAUGUUGCCUCAGGAAGCUCGUCUACGAAACCUUACUUACGCUUCCCCACUUUACCUCGGUGUCACCAAGAAGAUUAUGGAAGGUCGUGAGAAGAUGGGCAAGCCCAACGACGACGACGAUAAUGAGGGCGAGAGUGAUCCAAAGACUCAAGGUACAUACCUCGAUUGGGAAACGAAGCAGCUGCCCCAGGAGCAGAUGAAGGAGGAAACAGUUUUUAUCGGAAAGAUGCCCAUUAUGCUGAAAUCUAAGUACUGUAUCCUCAAGGAUUUGAACGAAGCGUCACUCUAUGCUUGGAAUGAGUGCCCCUACGACUCUGGCGGCUACUUCGUCAUUAACGGAAGUGAGAAGGUUUUGAUCGCACAGGAGCGCAGUGCGGGCAACAUCGUCCAAGUCUUCAAGAAGGCACCCCCCAGCCCGACACCAUACAUCGCCGAAAUUCGAAGUGCAGUCGAGAAGGGCUCACGUAUGCUUUCGUCGCUUACGUUGAAGCUUUUUGCCAAGGGUGACAGCGCCAAAGGAGGAUUUGGCCCGACGAUUCGCUCGACGCUCCCAUAUGUCAAGGCCGAUAUCCCAAUCGUCGUCGUUUUCCGUGCGCUGGGCGUCGUUUCCGAUGAAGAUAUUCUCAACCACAUUUGUUAUGACCGCAACGAUACCCCCAUGCUGGAGAUGUUGAAGCCGUGUAUUGAGGAGGGCUUUGUCAUCCAGGACCGUGAAGUUGCCCUGGAUUUCAUUGCCAAGCGUGGAUCGUCACAGACGAACCUGAACCACGAUCGUCGUGUGCGCUACGCUCGGGAUAUCAUGCAGAAGGAAUUGCUGCCUCACAUUUCGCAGAGCGAGGGCAGCGAAACCCGCAAAGCUUUCUUCCUUGGGUAUAUGGUGCACCGACUUCUUCAAUGUGCUUUGGGUCGCCGUGAUGUUGAUGACCGUGACCACUUCGGAAAGAAGCGACUCGAUCUGGCUGGUCCACUUUUGGCAAGUCUUUUCCGGACUCUUUUCACGCGAGUCACGAAGGAUCUUCAGCGUUACGUGCAGCGAUGCGUUGAGACCAAUCGCGAGAUUUAUCUCAACAUUGGUAUCAAGGCUAGCACAUUGACCGGUGGAUUGAAGUAUGCUCUUGCUACUGGUAACUGGGGCGAGCAGAAGAAGGCGGCUUCUGCCAAGGCUGGUGUAUCCCAGGUGCUGAGUCGUUACACAUUUUCCUCGUCCCUGUCUCAUCUGCGCCGGACGAACACACCCAUUGGCAGAGACGGAAAGAUUGCCAAACCCCGCCAGCUCCAUAAUACUCAUUGGGGCCUGGUUUGUCCAGCCGAGACACCUGAAGGUCAAGCUUGUGGUCUGGUCAAGAACCUGGCAUUGAUGUGCUACAUCACUGUCGGUACACCCGCCGAACCCAUCGUGGACUUUAUGAUUCAGCGCAACAUGGAAGUGCUCGAGGAGUUUGAACCCCAAGUGACGCCCAAUGCGACCAAAGUGUUUGUUAAUGGUGUCUGGGUGGGUAUUCACCGGGACCCUUCUCAUCUUGUUACGACAAUGCAGAAUUUGCGUCGACGAAACAUGAUCUCCCAUGAAGUCAGUUUGAUUCGUGAUAUUCGUGAACGGGAGUUCAAAAUUUUCACCGAUACAGGACGUGUCUGCCGCCCACUCUUCGUUAUCGAUAAUGACCCCAAGAGUGAGAACUCGGGUGGGUUGGUCCUUAACAAGGAACACAUUCGGAAGCUGGAGGCCGACAAAGACUUGCCACCGGACUUGGGCCCAGAAGAACGCCGUGAACAAUACUUCGGAUGGGAUGGUCUGGUACGUUCCGGAGCAGUUGAGUAUGUCGACGCCGAAGAAGAGGAAACUAUCAUGAUUGUCAUGACCCCCGAGGAUCUCGAGAUCUCUCGACAGCUUCAGGCCGGUUACGCUCUGCCCGAGGAUGAAACGAGCGACCCCAACAAGCGUGUUCGGUCCAUUCUCAGCCAGCGCGCCCACACCUGGACGCACUGCGAAAUCCACCCUAGUAUGAUCUUGGGUGUUUGCGCUAGUAUUAUUCCUUUCCCGGAUCACAACCAGUCGCCGCGUAACACAUAUCAGUCUGCCAUGGGCAAACAAGCCAUGGGUGUAUUCUUGACGAACUUUUCGCAGCGCAUGGAGACCAUGGCCAAUAUUCUCUACUACCCGCAAAAGCCUUUGGCCACCACCCGAUCAAUGGAGUUCCUGCGCUUCCGAGAGUUGCCCGCCGGUCAGAAUGCUAUUGUCGCUAUUGCAACUUAUUCUGGUUACAACCAGGAAGAUUCCGUUAUCAUGAACCAGAGCAGUAUCGACCGUGGUCUGUUCCGCAGUCUUUUCUACCGCACCUACGCGGACACCGAGAAGAUGGUGGGACUGCAAGUUGUUGAGAGAUUCGAGAAACCUAUGCGGAUUGACACCCUUGGCAUGCGCAAGGGUACCUAUGACAAGCUGGACGAGGACGGUAUCGUUGCUCCCGGUGUGCGUGUCUCUGGAGAAGAUAUUAUCAUCGGCAAGACAGCUCCGCUGGCUGCUGAUGCGGAGGAGCUCGGUCAGCGUACCAAGGCACACACAAAGAUUGAUGUGUCGACGCCCCUGCGCAGCACCGAGAACGGCAUCGUUGAUCAGGUGCUGAUCUCCACUGGUAAUGACGAUCUGAAGUUCGUCAAGGUUCGCAUGCGUACCACCAAGAUCCCCCAGAUUGGUGACAAGUUCGCCUCUCGUCACGGUCAGAAGGGUACCAUCGGUAUCACCUAUCGACAGGAAGAUAUGCCUUUCACUCGGGAAGGUGUCGUUCCGGAUCUGAUUAUUAACCCCCACGCUAUUCCGUCCCGUAUGACUAUUGCUCAUUUGAUCGAAUGUCAGCUCAGUAAGGUUUCUGCUCUUCGUGGAUUCGAGGGUGAUGCUACUCCUUUCACCGAUGUCACUGUCGACUCAGUGUCCCGCCUGCUGCGCGAGCACGGCUACCAGUCGCGGGGCUUCGAGGUUAUGUUCAACGGACACACUGGUCGCAAGAUGGUGGCGCAGGUGUUCCUGGGUCCCACCUAUUACCAGCGUCUGCGCCACAUGGUGGACGACAAGAUCCACGCUCGUGCUCGUGGUCCUACUCAGAUUCUGACCCGCCAGCCUGUGGAGGGUCGUGCCCGUGACGGUGGUCUUCGUUUCGGAGAGAUGGAGCGUGAUUGUAUGAUCGCCCACGGCGCCAGUGCUUUCCUCAAGGAGCGUCUCUUUGACGUAUCUGAUCCGUUCCGUGUUCAUAUUUGCGACGACUGCGGCCUGAUGACACCAGUUGCAAAACUGAAGAAGGGUCUCUUCGAGUGCCGUCUUUGCAACAACAAGCACCGUAUCUCGCAAGUCCACAUUCCGUACGCCGCCAAGCUGUUGUUCCAAGAGCUGGCCUCCAUGAACAUUGCCGCUCGGAUGUUCACCGAUCGCUCUGGGGUUUCGGUGCGUUGA